AAACGCACUGACAGAUUAACCUGUGGGAAAAGGAAAGGAAUGUUGUCUGUCGUGAAGUGUGCAUUUUCAAUCCUAGUAGAAAUUCAAUUUUCAAUUAGCGAAUUCUAAAAAUGGGAAAUAAUGUUUGAAAUGAAUUACCAAUCGAUUAUCAUGUUCUAUUUCAAUGUCUCAUAAAAACUGCUAUCAUCCCAUUUCUGAUAUAUCCUACAUUACUUAACCUGAAAGUUAUAUGUUUGAUUUUGAAUUGUUUGGCGCCAUGUUGUUUUUUAUAAAACUUUACACCUUAUUUUGGGUUCCUUUUCGUGAUAACAUAAAGCAGAUGUCCAAGUUUAGGGAACAAUUGUUAAAAUGAAGGUGUUGUAUCUACAAGCAGGGUAGGCAUUAAGAAUUUCGUAUUCGAACAAAAUUCUACAAUUUAUUCUGAAAAAUGUGUACCAAAUAUUUUGAAGAUGGUGCGGAAAAGAGGUACAGCACGUUGAGAAAAUUAGGGUAACUCAGUCAUGGAUGCAAAUUGUGCUAAACAGCUCCAUGACGUCUCUCAUGAAGAUAGUUGCAAUGAAAACAUUGUGUUGGAGGAAGGUGAACUUUCCGAAGAUUCAACUAUAAGUGAUGCAGAUUUCGAACUUAGUGGCAUCAACUCGGAAAAACUUCAGCAUAUAUUAGACAAAUCUUUUUCACUAGAUGAUGAAUUAUUGGAUACACCUUUAUUAACAUUCGACUAUAAGUUACCUCCAAAAAAUGAAAACUUGGAAUCUGGAGUUGACUUUUCUUCACCAAUUUCAUGUAAAGAGAAAAACCUGUGCUCUAUAUUAAGGAGAGGUUCCUGCUUUGAGAAUAAAUCUAACACAUCUUUGAAUUCCUGUAAUUCAAGUUCACGACGUGUAUCGUUUCCUAGUGAUGAUUCUGAACUAGCUAGUUAUUUAUAUCCAGAAGAUGACCAACAAACUGGCAUGGAUAUGAAGAGUUCUGAUGAAGUACUGGAAGUAUAUGAAAACUCCUGCAAGCAUCACAAGACUAUUGAACUGGAUAUUAUCAAAAACCAGAUUGCUGAAAUAAAGAAUAAUAUAAAUCACUCUGCAACAUUCAAUCUAUGUUCAAUUAAUUUAACAAAUGAUGUAAAUGAAACUUUAGAGGAUUUGUUGAAAGUGACAAAUUUUCAAAAGAUAACUUUAUCAGAUUGUAAAUUCACAAGCGAUACUAUUAGCGAAUUCUUAGAUAUGUUGGAGUAUUAUGAAUCAACCAGAGAACUUGAAGUAUCAGUUCAGUUCGAAAGUAAUGAAGCUUGGCAAUCGUUUUGCAAUGCUUGCAUGAACCUUGAUAAGCUUGAAGUAAUAUCCUUCAAAGGAGUAAACAUCAAUGAAGAAUAUAUGAGAAAACUCCUACAUGCUGUCAAGAUUAAUUCUAAAAUAACAACACUCAAAUUUGAUGGUUGCGAUUUGGAUAUGGUGCCUUCAUUUUAUUUAGUGGACAGCUUGAAGACUAAUACAACUUUGAGAGAACUUUACUUGCCAUCUUCGAAACUAUAUAGCAGGGAAGCUCAAUGCUUGGGCAGUUUCCUCCAAGUUAACAUGCAUUUGAAUGUGUUGGACAUCAGUAAUAAUUUCAUUGGUGAUCGUGGCUUAGACAGCUUGGCCAGAGGAUUAGUCAAACAAAAUGUUCCAGGAUCUGGACUAUCUGUUCUUAUAGUUUUCAAUAAUCAACUCACUGAAAAGAGUGGCCCUGUUAUCAACAAUAUAAUUAAGUGUUGUAAAAAUCUUCAUACAUUGAAUGUUGGAUAUAAUAAUUUAACAGAUCAGGUUUUAAUGGAUGUGAAAGAUGGAUUGACGGAGACACAUUCAUUAGAAGGUUUGGGAUUACAAUGUACGCUUUUAACUUGUAAGGGAAUAUUUUCUCUUGCUGAAGCUAUCGAAGAAAACAAAUCACUCUUGAAAAUUAAUUUGAAAGGAAACAAAGCCAUACAAGUAUAUGGUUUGGAGCGACUUUGCAAUGCACUCACAAACUCUAGAGUGAUUAAAAUAGAGAUUGAUGACGUAAAUCGAUCAUGCAGUGACCCUUCAGGUUACGUACAAUUGGUGAAGAGGUUGAAUGCAAUAUGUACAGUUAACAAGUCGUUUGCUACAGAUAACAACCGCGACGAAGAGUUGAAUAACAUUUCUCGAGUGGUUUCAAGAAAAGUAUCACUGAGUUGCGAACCUAGAUUUCUUAUACCAGAUGUUAAACAAAUACUUCAGAGUCCCAUUCAGUUGUCAACAAUUUCACCGUCAACUCCAAAGAGUCGUUUCCAGAUCAUCUCGGUUCCAGAAAAUAGUCCCAGAUCAUUUUCACGAUUCAAAGUUACUCCUGUCAUAAGUCCCUCUCCGGAAGAUGAUGAUAUUCAAAAUCGUUUUGCCAAUGUCAGAAGCAGCGUUUCUUCAAAUGAAAGUAUGGAUUCGCUGAUGGCUCAACCAGAUUUAGUCGGCACUGAUUGUGAGUGAAGAGGCUUUAACGAGUUCACUGUACACUUAAUGUUACCUUUGCUCCGUUCUCAAUAUAAUAUAUUGAGUAAAUUAAUGGAAUUUUUUCUGACAUGAUGAAUUUGAGUUUAAAUAAUUGGUACAGGUUGAAAAUAUACUCAAUGACAUUAGAGGUGUUACACCCAGAAGAAAUAAUUUCUUUAACUUGAUUUUUUGACAACAGAAUGAAUAUAUUAAUAUGUAUGAAAUAAAUGUUGUUGGAAUGUCGGCAAAAAUUAUUGCUGUGAUAACCAAAAACAUUUAUUUUGUAAUUCGCAGCAUAGUUUUUUCCUUGAUUUUCGUUGUUUUGCUCAUUUGUUGAAUAAAAAAAGGGAAUAUUAUUGGGAUAGCAGCAAUGGAUGUACUAUUACACUAUUUUUCUAU